UAACCUGCAGGAUUCAGGAGUGACGCUGCUCUCUGCUGGACUGGAGAAUCCACACUGUACACUGGAGAUACUGAGGCAGGGGAGUGUUUACCAUGACGCACUUCACUAAAGGAGAGUUCGUGCUAGAAUACAGAGGAGAGCUCAUCAACUCUCUGGAAAGUAACAGAAGACACCGAGUUUACCACAACAACCUGAAAGGAUUUAUGUUCGACUUCAUCUGGCACGAUAAAUUCUGGACUAUUGAUGCUGCAAGGGAUGAUGGCACUCUUGGAAGACUGGUUAAUGAUGAUCACAUUAAUCCCAACUGCAAAAUGAAGAGAAUCAUUGUGAAAGGAAAGCCCCAUUUGUGCCUUUUUGCUUUAAGAGACAUAACACCUUUAGAGGAGGCCACAUAUAAUUAUGGAAAUGCUGAUUGUCCCUGGAGGAGUAAAUGGACAAAGUAUGGAAUGGACACAGACACUAAUCGUCUGGAGUCGGGUGGUACCUCUGGAGAUGUUACCCAGUGCACCCAACAUUCACAACAGAAAUCUGCUUCCCACAUCCAUGUGACUGAAAGUGGAAUAGAGGUGGACAGUAAUUGUUUGGAGUCAGAUGUUGCCUCUGGAGAUGAUCAUCAUUGCACCCAACAUUCACAGCAUGAGUCUUCAUUCUGUAAUCAGGCAUGGAACUGCUUUUUUAAUGUAUUUUAUAACAUCGUAAACGUUAAGUCCCCACAAUGUACAUUGCACUAUACCAGUGUUUUCAAAGACACUGGGUCCCCACACUGUCUUUUAACAUGAAACUUUACACCAGGGCCCCACAAU